AGCAGAGCUCCGACCCGCUCGGGCUGUUUGUUUUGAGUCGGAACUCUUCCAGGUUCUGUUUCUUUAAGGCCCGGACCGUUUCGGCUGGGAUUCGGCUGCCGGUUGCCACGCCGCGGCGCCUGCUCAGUGCUCGGAACCGGGUCCCGGAGCCCCGCUCUCUGCGUGCGGUUGGACCGUCGGUCGGUGACCUUAUGUGGGGGAGGCUUUUGUUUUCAACCCGCUGCAGGCUGCACUUUCACCGGAGGAUGCCAGGACGAGCUGCGGCGUCUCCUGCACGGACAGCGCAGAAAUCCACAGAAACACGAUAUUGACAUGAAGAAAGACAUCGAGACUCUAAUAGCAGAGGAACGGGCUGACAUCAUCUUAAAAUAUGCUACGGGCAGGCAGGGCGGCGUGGAGAUCGAUCCCUGGGAAGAUGCUGAUUACAGCAUCUAUCAAGCCAUCGACCGCUUCGGCUUCAUGCAUGAGAAUGAGCUGCCGGCCCCAACAGUUCAGGAGGAGAAGCGGAAGCAGCUGGAGAUCGAGAGAGCAGAGAAAUGGUUGAAGAUGGUGAAUAAAUGGGACAAAUACAAGAACAGCGACAAGAUGGUGAAGCGGGUCUAUAAGGGCAUUCCCCUGCAGCUCCGCGGCCGGGCCUGGACGCUGCUGCUGGACGUGGAGCGGACCAAGAGGGAGAACCAGGGAAAAUACGAGAAAAUGAAGGAACAAUCCCGACUGUGUUCCUCCGAGAUCAAGCAGAUCGACCUGGACAUCAACAGAACCUUCCGGAACCACAUCAUGUUCAUGGACCGCUUCGGGGUCAAGCAGCAGUCGCUCUUCCACGUCCUCUCAGCAUAUUCAGUUUAUAACACUGAGGUGAGCUACUGCCAGGGCAUGAGUCAGAUCGCCGCCCUGCUGCUGAUGUACAUGAACGAGGAGGACGCCUUCUGGGCGCUGGCGCAGCUGCUGACCAACGAUCGGCACGCCAUGCACGGCUUCUUUGUUCCUGGAUUCCCCAAACUUCACCGGUUCCAGGCUCAUCAUGACCAGAUCCUUUCCAAACUCCUCCCGAAACUGAAGAAACACAUGGACCGGGAGCAGAUGUCUGCAGGGAUCUACUGCACCAAAUGGUUCAUGCAGUGCUUCAUCGACCGGACGCCGUUCACCCUGACCCUUCGGCUGUGGGACAUUUUCAUCCUGGAGGGACAGCGGCUCCUCACCGCCAUGUCCUACACCAUCCUGAAGAUACACAAGAAGCGGCUGCUGAAGAUGUCUCUGGAGGAGCUGCGAGAGUUUCUUCAGGAGCAAAUUGCUCAGACGUUCUUCCACAGUGACGACCUGAUCAUCGAGCAGCUGCAGGCCUCCAUGAUGGAGCUGAGGAAGAUGAAGCUGGACCUUCCUCCUCCAGGGAAACCAGAGGAGCUGCCCCAGAAGCCUCUGGGUCAGGAGCUGCCGGUCCUGCUCGGCCCGGUCCAGCCGUCCUCAGCCACUGGGUUCCCCAGAGCCGGCCUGAGUCUCCACAUCAUGUCCCAUCAGUCGGACUCCAUUUCCCCAGACCAGAGCCCCUCCAAGGACCCCAGGGAUCUGGAUGUGGUGGAGGAGCAGGAGGCCCCGCUGCCCUCUCCAGACCCCGUCAUCAUCCACAGCCAGGUGCCUCUCACACCUGAUGGCUCCCCACUGAUGGGGCCGCCGCCUUACCGGCCCCCAGGGAGUCCAGGUCAUCCAUCGCUGCCAGGAGACCAGGACUGGGAUCCAGCAUCUCCAGCUUUGGUUCUGGCUCAGUCUGAGUGCCUGUCUGAGUCAGAAAGUACUGAGGACCGAGACACGUCCCAGUUUCUGGACCAAGACUCGACUCUGUCCUCCACCAGGAGCACUGACCAGAACCAGAGUCGAGAAGCAGAGGAAAACCCGCCACCGAACGGUUCAUGAGCAGCAGAUUAAUGGUUAGAGGUCCAGUUUGGCUUGAAUGUUUUAUUUGGUUUCUGUGACAACGGAAAAUGUUCUGUCUUAAGACUGAAGCGAGUUAGCAUGCCACUCUCUGGCCUUCUCCAGGUAACAGUUCAGAUGAACACGAAGACUCCAACUCGUCUCAGUCAUCCCACAGAGUCGAACUCCAGACGGGCAGGUUCAGUCAGGAAACACCGAACGUGACAGCAGGGUCCAUAUUUAUCAGCUGACUCAGCUUCCUGGGUGAUUUUUAUCUCCAAGCAGAAUCCAAACAUGUUCAUAUGGUAGAGGAACAACAUAGCAUUUAAUUACAAGCUAAUGCUAAAUAUAUGGUGGAAGCUAAUGCUAAAGCACUAACAUUAAACAUGUUGAUACUCAUCAUUUGUCAAUGAUGAGCUAAAACAUAUUAUAUCAUCCUCAGGCUCAAAUUUGUCAAUACAUGAUUUAUGGACAAAUUUGUACUUUAUAAUUUAUCAGAAAAAAUAAUUUAGGAAAAGCUAAGUGCACUGAAAAUUUUCAAAGUUAGCAAAUGCGUAAAACAUGGCUGUUAGUGGAAGUUUGUGAUAAGUUUGAGGAUUUUGUCCUUCAGCUGAGCGACGCUGGGUGAAUAUGGAUCCAGUUUGGCACCAGAUCAGAUUCCAUCUGCGUCGGUCAGGAGAUCCGACUUUGGAGUCUUCUCCCAGCUCCUGUUUGGACUUCUUCUAGCUGGAAUAAGUUCUGAAACUUCCCUCUUUACAACACUAAUUACACUUUUCUAGAUUUGUAAAGUUUUUGUGACGUAGACCUGCUCAGUCUGCCUUUUUAAACUGUUUUAGUCACAGUUUGGUUUUUAUUUGUUGUAUAUAACAAUGUCUGGAUGCCUUAUUUGGAUCUGCUUCAGUUCUUCUGUGGACAACUUUCAGGUGUUGGACCAAACAGAACCUCUGUCUCAGUGAGCGGGCUCACUCUUCUGAUUGUACACAUGGAGCUAACUGUAAGGAAGUGUUUGUGUAGCUCUCUUAUUUAUGGUUCGAACAGCAACUCUUUAUUUUCUUCUUUGGGAUUCAGUUUUAUUUGUUGCAUAAUGGAAAAAUUGAUUUUGAGGUGAUAAAUUAUUUUGUGUUAGAAUUUGACAGUACUGUAGAUCCAGGAGGCAAAACUGGGUUAAAGUUGCUCUUUUCUGUGAUUAGAAAUAAGGAAACACUGACAUCUAGUGGUUGCUUUAGGUUUAGAGCGUCUCUAGUUGUAGAUUAGCUAAAACUCUGGAAAGCUUUUUAACUUUAAACUAAAAUCAGGACUCAAAUUUUGAUGCUGUUAAUUUCUAAGAUAUGAAUAUGUUCAUAAUAUUUCACUAAACGAUGGAAUGUUAAAUUGUCAGUCCAAGUUGCUUCAGUAGAACAGGUUCUUGGUCUUCAGUGUCUUAAAAAAAUAGAUCUUAAUAAAUAGGAACUGUUAAAAAAUCUGAUUCUGCAACAAUACAUCUUGUAUAUCCUUUGUC